GGUUCAUGGACACAAGGUGGGCAAAGAUCCUUGGGCCCUCCAGGCACAGGUGGCGAAGGAGCGGGUCCCGGCAAACCAGGUUCGACUCACCCCAAUGCCCCUCCACAGCUCUCGGCCCAGGCAGGCCUUCAACAGCAGCAGCAACAACAGCCAUUUCCACCACAGAUCCGGGGGGUGAUGCCUUCUUUUAUGUACAAAGGUAACAAUUUCCAACAAGGACCUGGAAUUGGUGUUCAGAACUCUCAAAAUAUGCCAUCGCCAAUUAAUGGGCGAAGUCAUAGACCUGCCGAUAAUCGACCGCCUCGUUUGGGAGACAGAGGAGAAGUAGAAGAAGUAGCCCCAAGGCCUAUUAUCAGAGAGGAAGAGUUGAGUCGAAUGGAUGAAAUUAGUAAGGAUAUGGGCUGGGCUGAAUCAGACGAAAUUGAUUAUAAUCAAAAAUUGGCCUUUAGUGAUGACGAAAGCGAAAAGGCUUUCAAGAAAGAACAUAAGAAAAUGCAAUAUAAUAGAGAGCAAAGAGAUAACCGCGAUAGUCAUAAUAUUGAUAACCAAAAUCGUCAGUGGAAUAGUUCAAGAUCAAAUGCCUUAAGAGGCAGAUCAUCUGAAGAUGAAGAUAUUUGGACUCAAAGACGCUCCCAGCAAGAUAAAGAGGUUGAAAUUGCUGUUCAGAGGGCAAAGCAGCGAAAAGAGGAAGAAGAGAAAAGGUUCAGUGAAGAAAGAAAACAAGCAGCAGCUAAAAAAUUAAUGGAGUUAGAAGAAAAAAUUCAAAAACGUGAUAAGGACAACAAUGAAGGAGUGGGUACCAUAAAUCCAAAUACUAUUCCUCCCAAACCAAUUAAUCAUGUCGAUAUACCACUGCCAGAUUUUCAAAAAGACAAAGAAAAGGAUAGAGAUUCUCAACGUGACAAAGAUACUAGAUCUCGUACACCAAACGAAUCUGAUGAAAAAAAUCAACCUCCUAAUCAAGGAAAUACGUUUAGACAGUUAACUCAAAUUGAAGGAAAAAAUUUUCCUUCCAACAGAAAACAGAUUAAGUCUUCAGAAAGGGAUAAUCGCGAUAAUCGAGAUAACCGAGACCAAAAUGGACCCAACUUUUCUCGUCAAUUUCAAAAUGACCUUCCACCAAGAUUUCUUAAACAUCAACGUAAUAACAGUAGUUCUAACUUGCCAAAUCAGCAGCAGCAGCAACAACAGCAGCAGCAGCAAUAUCACCGAGACGUUUUCGAUAAUCGUUGGGGUUCUAAUGUUGGGCCCAAAUCCCAAUCUAAUGCCUUCCAUCACCCUCCACACAACAGAAACCUUAGGCAGGAUAGCCCCGAUGUUGAAAAAGAUGAAUUCGAUAGGAAAGAAUACAGACGACAAAGUUCUGAAGAGAGUUAUCGUAGCCCUCAUCAUUCACAAGAAGCAGGCCAGAGGCUUCCUCAUGACUCACGCUACCAUAUGGAUGUUUUUGAAAAUAGACAUCAAGACUAUGAUAUGCAGGGUGGGAAAAGAGAACAAGAACAUGAUAAACGUCAAAAAGAGAAGAGUUCUCAAGAUAAUAUAAAACAUGAAGAAUAUCCACAUCGUUUUGGCAACGAUGAUUGGGAUGAGAGAAGAGAACAAAAUCGAGAUGAAAAAUCUACAGAGAAAUAUGAAAAGGAAAGAGAUCAUCUCCAAAGGCAAGACAGUCGUGAUUCUAGAUUGUCGAAGCAUUCCAAAGACUCGGAACUUCGUGAUUAUAAUAUGGGUUCCUGGUCUGAAGCAAUUUAUGAACCCUCUAAUGAUGAAAAGAGAAAGGAUUAUGGUAGGGAAGAAAGGCGUAUAGUCCCUGGUCCCAUCACUAAAGAUAGGAUUGAAGCUGAUGAUAUGCGUACUGAAAGGCGAAAUCUUACGCAAUUAAAGCGUGGACAACCAGUUGAAGUCAAAUUGGAAAUUAAAAAAGAUAGUGAAAAGAAAGAAUUUGUUAGUGCUUGGGCAGAUUCCAUUCCAUCUGAAUUAGAAGAAGCUCAUGGCAGAGGCACAGAAGAAAAAACCUUGCUUGAAGGUAGUAGGACAUCAGAUCACUCAAAAAAACCUGACAAACCUGAUGAUUUUAAUCAGGGUCGGAAUAGAUCUUUUGGUCAAAAAAAAGGGUGGGGAUCUGAUACUCAUUCCUCCAGAGGUCCACCGUGGCCAAGAAGACCUUCCAGUCGUGGUCAAAAAUCUGGAAAUAGAGAAUAUCCCACAGAUUCUGAUGGUUCUUUGGACGAUCAUAAACAAGAUGGUAGUAAAGCCGAAUCAAAUGAUCAAAAUAGUCCGAAAUCAUUGAGGAAAUCUGAUAAGGAUGAAAAAAAUCGAGAAAACAAACAAGAUAAUUAUGCUGACAAAAAAAAAGAGAAAUCCGAUAGGAAAGAUAAUAAUUAUGUACCAAGAGGCGAACCUUCGAGGCAUGGAAGGGGAGGUGGAAAUUUCAGAAGUGGGAGAAUGGGUGGCUUAGGUAAAAGGAUUGAUGGUUAUGGACCACCGCCAUCAAAGAGCCCAUUCGGAGGUCAUCACGAUGACAAAGAAAAAGAUAAAAAGCAAGGUGACAACACAAAUGUUAAUGCAGCACAAGCUGAAGAUAAAACUAAGCAGAAUCAACAAGCACUUGCAGCUGGCAUAAUUGGAAAACGAAUGGAAACAUCUUCAAGUACUGAAGAUAAAAAUAAGGAUAGAGACAGUAAAUCCAGAAAUAAAAUUGAUAAUCGCCGAAAUAAACCAAAAUCAGAUGAUAACAAAGCUUCUGAUAAUUCUGAUGACAAAAAUAGAGACAAAAAAUUACAACAGAAAACUCAGAAUAAUAGGUCUUCUUCAAGCUCGAAUCGUUCUAGGAAUAAUCCUCCACGCUUAGGUGGAGAUAAAAAGUAUGAUAGUAGUCGUAGUGACAGCAUGCGACAAAAUUCUAGUAACUCGCUAAAGAAAGAUGAGAAAUCAACUGAUUAUAAUCCUUUUACUAAUGUUAUUGCCGACAUAUCGACAAAAAAUCGUGAUGAAAAUGAACACUUAGAUGACAGAGAGGAAAAAACCUCUUUUAAUGGUGACAGCGAAGGCUUUCAAGAAGUUAAGAGUAAAAAGAAUGUCAAGGAAAGGCAAAAAUCAUUAGAUGAAAAAUCAUCCAAAGGUAUUAAAAACGACUCUGGCAAAGACAUGAAAAUUGAUCGUGACCGCAAAAAAAUCAGUCCUGUGACACAACAAUUGACUCAACAACAAAUUCAGAAUAUCCCGCCUUUGAUGGCAACUCCAGUGAAUCCACCGCCUGUUUUACCCCAAACUAAAAAUCAGUUUGAUAGACCAAGGCAAACUAAACUUCCUCCUCGAUUUGCCAAACAAAAAUUGCAAAAACAAGUAAUGCAACAGCAGCAGCAACAACAACAACAACACCACUCUUUAGGAGACAUGAAUGAUAUUAAUAAUUUAACUCAGAAUGUUAAUGUUUAUGUUAUGAAAGAUACUGGUAUUCCACCACCUGUUCCUGCUUGUGCUUGGGAUAAACCAUUGGGGUCUCAAUUAAGAAAUCCGGAACAUGAAAAUAUGUUGGGAGUUGCAAUUGAUGCUGUCAAAGGAUUAGAAUCUAUUCAUUCAACUUCACAAGGUGUUGUUAGCCCUGGCAGUGAAAAGAUUAUUGGAAAAACGAGCCCACUACAAGACAAAAAUCUUCUCGAUGGUAGCACUCCUCCAGUAAAUACGAUAAUAUUUGAAAACACUAAUUUCAAAUCUGCGCCGGGUACGCGUAAUAAUACUCGUCCAGAAAAUAAACCUCGUAUGAAAAUUGAUGAUGGCACUAUAGACAACUCUGUCAUUUCCAGCUUUAACAAACCCAAUAUGAAUGAUCUCCUUCAAACAAAAACUGAUAAGGCUGAACCCAUCCAGCUGCCACUAUUUAAGGAAGACACGGCAGAUAUGAAAUUGGACUUCUUCAGUGCUGACCUUCAGUUCUCUGAUGAUAAAACGUCCAAAAAUUUUGUGUCCAAACCUAUUCACACUAUGACUAGUGGUAACAAUACAGUGGACAGUUUGGAUAUCAAAAUUGCAUCUGUGAAGAAGGUUUGGGAAACUUCGGAACAAGAAACUGAAGAAAAUCAGAUCAGUUUUGGUGGUCCUCCUCUAGAUUCUAACGUCUUUAAUCAAGGAAAAGAUACUCCUGAUGAUAACCAUGAAGUUUAUAGCCCUUCUCCCAGUCAGAGUGUAUCGACAACCACAAAUGUAUGCAAGGUAAAACCUACUCAACAAGUGUCUGGUAGUGGACAAACUGUACUUUCUUCCAGUCAUCAGCCUCAUACAGGUAUUGUUGCACCUGGUUUAAUGGGAAAUCCACUUUCUCCCCCUCCUAUGCAACAGGUCUUGGGCGCCAGUGUUGGUAUUGGACCUCAGUACACAGCCAAUCAGCAUAUUAGCUAUCAGGCUAGUCUAUCAGGAAACACACAAUAUGGUAUUUCAACCAUCCCUUCGCCACCGACCGUUCCUCUUGUUUACAACUCCACGCAACAAAUGCAAGCAGCUGCUCAAACAGCCGGACUGUAUGGAGCUUUUCAAAUUGAUCAAUUAGGAGGACAGGGUCGUUCUCAAUAUUCGCAGUAUCCCAGUUAUCAUGGUAUAGGCCAAACUGCAAACAGUCCCUAUUCGACGCAGAGCGUCUUUUUACCAACGGCAGCUCCUCCGCCGCAUCCCCCGCCUCCAUCGGCACCCGGACCGCCUGAAUUAUACUCUAGCAUGAACAAUUAUAGAAUGAGUGCUACUGGUCCUUUUGGUCAAAACCAACAGCUGAGUAACCCUAGUACUGUGUUAAUCAGCUCCACAAGCAAUAGCUUGAUGUCGGCUUCUGUAAAGCCGAGUAGUCAGCAAAUUAGUGCAAUUGGAACAAAAGCGGGUGGUGUAGGACAGGCGUACCAGCAACAAUCUCAACAAGGUCAACAGAUGUUUAUGGCUUAUGAUCCUACUAUUCAGGCUAAUUAUUUGGCAUCGAGUGCAGGUGUGAUGCAACGUGCUCCAGUGGCUCCAGCCCAAAACAAUGUAGUACCUGGGCUGCAACCGUCAUCUUCUUUUUAUUCUGGAUCGACAGGCGGCCAAACCGGUUUUUAUCAGCAACCUGGUAGUUCAUCGAUGGGUUCUCAGAUGCAACAGCACCAAGCUGGAUAUGGUCUGCAAGGCAACGUUUUUGGUACACACAGUCAGUCCCACACAAAUACUGGCAUGCAAAAUUUCAACUCUCAUUUUUUGACUACUCCUAUACAAGUAGCAGCAGCUCUGAGUGCCGCUCAAGCACAGCAGUUUCGGUCUAGCUUACCUGCUGGUUACAUGAAAGGCGUUAACAGUCAACAGAUGGGUGAUCAAUCAGGAAGACCUCAGCAGCUCAAGAGUCCUAGCAGUCAAGAAGUCUUAUCUUCCGUUUUUAAUACAGGCUCUCAGAUUCCCUCUCCAAAAUCAAGACAAAAUAAUAAACAUCCUCCACCGCAGUCAAGUCCCACAGCACAACAUAAAUAUAAUUUGUAUCAAGGAGUAGGUGGGCAGCAAAACCCAAAUAUGCAAAGGUAUCCAACUCCUAUCCAACGACCUGUAAAUUUCCAGCAAGUGCAACAAAAUCCUGUGAAUCAAAAACAUAGAAGUAAUUCCAACAAAACACCUAACCGACAGUAUUAUGGAAAUCAAAGCCAAAAUGAAAAGUCUGAGGAAGGAAAACUAACUGAUAAUACAUUAAGCAACACCAAUCCGGCGGGGACUGCGAAAACCGCUUUGGGAACUGGCUCCGGCAGCUCAGUGACUGUUCCCACAGAAAAAAUAAAGGACAACAUUAAAGAGGAACCUGCUGCGUUGAAAGACUAAAAAUUUUAAUUUUUUAAAAUAAGUUUAUUCUAAGUACUAAACAAAAGGUAUACGUUUGAAAUUGUACAUUUGCACAUCCCUAAAAGAAAAACGGACACAAAUUUUAUAUUGGGAACCUUUUUUAUAACGAGGUAUAUUUAGAUAAGAUAAAGUUUUUUUUUUUAAUUUAUUUAUUUGGAUGUUUUCUGGAUGAACAAAAUGAGAGUUAACUGUAUAUAUUGUGUUGCUAACAUAAAUCGUUUUUUGUUUCUGACAAUUUUUAAAUUCAGCAUUUUUAUCUGUAUAAGCCUAAGGUACUUGAAGAGCGUAAUAAUAAAGCUAAAAAUAUUAAUUUAAAUCUUUAGCUUAUACACCAUUGUUCAGUAUGGAAACGUUUGAAUCAAGCAUUACGUCUAAAAUAAUAUCCUGAUAGACCCAAAUUCAUAGAAGCAACAGUAUGGUUGUCCUAUUUCGUUAAAUAUGCAACAUUGUUCAUUUUACUUAACUUUAAACACCAUUUAGAAAUUUCACAUUUGUAUAUCGGAAAAACGAUUCAUUUUGGCCCAAAUAUACUUAUAAUUAAUUUUUCCAUUAGGAGAUCAUUUAUGAAAGAAAAAGUGAAUAAUUACCAGGGCUAUCUAUUAUAGAUAUACUUAACUUAAAUAUUAGUCUUUCUAUUUUCGCGCAAAUUUUUAUUUAAAAUCAAUUCUUUCCUAAUUCUAUAUAAUUUGUAUUUCUUUUUUUAUUUCGGAUCGUUGUACUGAUAUAAUUGUAUCAUUUUAUUAGUAAAUGUUUGAAAAGUUUUUAGUGUAAGAAACAAAUAUAGUAAUAAACUGGCAUUAAGAAUUUCAUCCUCAAAUGCAUUGCUUAAAAUCUCUGUAAAAAUUGUUACAGCCAGGCUAGCAUUUGUUAUAAUUUUUAAAUAUAUUUAUUAUUUUUGUUACAUUAUGAGUAUUUUCAUUUGCAAUUAAAAACUGCAACUAUUUAGUUCUAUUUCCAUAAACAACCCACAAUAUAUUGAUUUAUUUAGAUAUUAGUAACACUGAGUUUGCAUUUCCUUAGUGAUACAUAAUCCUUUAUUUUAUACUUUUGUAAUAGAUGCAGGUAUUAUGGAUAGAAAAUUAUAAUCAUGUCAAUGUUUCCAUUUUGUUAAGGAAUUUGGCUUUGGACUAUGAAUUUAAUUUGCACAAAAAUUUCAUGAUUAAUUUAAUAUUUAGAUAUUUUAAUGCUCAAUUUCAUAAUAAAAAAGUAAUCAAUUUCGAAAAACUAUUAAAACAAACGGAUAAGUUAUACCUAAAUCAAAAUAAAUGUAAUCAGUACAGGUUUUUUUUUCAUCCUAAAUGCAAUAUUAGCACCGUAUACAGUAAUACAAUAUUUUAAGUGACGAAGAUCGGAAACUAUUGAAAUGCUGUCCAUUAUUACUACAAUAAUCAUUAUGUUUCACUAAUCAUUGCUUUCUACAGGUACAAUUAAUUUUUUAGAUGCAAAUUAAGCAAUAGAAAAUAUCGAGUGGAUUUAGUUGAGGUAAGUGAAGAAAUCAAGCUACAGAAGCUCUAAAUAAUAAUACUUAUUGCAAUAUUUCGGUAAAAUAUCUUUCAGAAAUAUACUCCUAUUAACAUUUCCAUUUAAACAUGUCCUAAAAUAAGGAGUUUUUUGUAGUGCCAUUCCUUGUUUUAUUGUAAGGGAGUAAAUUGUAUAUUAUAGGCAAGGAAAUUCACUUUUUAAAUUACUGAUGGGACUUUUCAUAUCGGGAAAAGUAGCGAAAAAUCACAAUGAAAAAUACUAAAAAGUAGCAAUAAAAAGUAGUCGACCUUGGACAUAGAAGACACUCAGUUAAAUCUCCAUCCUAGAUGUUUUUUCAAAAACAAUUUGGAAACAAUAUUUGCAUUUGUAUUUUCGUUUUUUUUAGGCAAAUCAUUUAUAAAAUACUUCCAACCUUUGGUUUUUUUGGUAAUUUUUUUCAUGUAUUUAUUUUAAUAAGAUAUGAAACGAAAAUUCGAAAACAUUGUUAAAACAUAUAAGUCAGUAAUCAUUUGUCGUUUCUUCUUUUUUUAAACUAAAUUUUGCCUUUGUAGAAAAUUCAGAUAAAUUAGAUAAUUUAAUGUCGCGCUUGUGAAAUACACUUUUCCACUUUUGAAAAGUGUGUUUGGACUAGUAAACUUUUCAGACUAGUCUGUCGGACUUGUCUGUACUUUUGCAAGAGAUCCAUCACUAAUUUAAAUAAACAGAACCUAUCAAUUAUUAUUCAUUAAACGCAGAAAAUAAGUUUUUUCAUGAAUUUCCCAAAAGGCCAUCCAAGAUUACUACCCGGUGCUCAAUGCACUAAUAUCCUGAGGUGUCAGUUAAGUUGCAACCAGAUACUUGUGCUUCUUUAACAUAUGUGCAGAAUUUGGGGAGCAUCUACGUCCUCAAAAAAUGUAUUAUACUGUAUAAAUUCGUUUAAUAUCAACAUUUUAUUAAUAUAAAAAAUAGAUAACCUUGGUCAUUUUCAACAAUGACAUGCAAAAAAGCUACCAGCCCACAGAAUUGGAAAAUAAUUAAGAUAUUUACAACUGGUCCCAAGUCUUGAAGGUACUAGAAAAUGUCUGUUUUUUGUUUUAUUUCUAUUUUUUUAGUCCAUUUGAACUAGUUACCUAAUAUACAGAACUAUUUAAUAAACAAAAUAUUCAUAGAAUUAUUGAAGAUUAAGUUUUGUAUCGUACCCUUUAAACCCAAAAUAAAACCUGUCGACAAAAUUUUCAAAAAUUUAUAUCUAAAUUAAGGGUCCCAGCAUAUAUUCCCGACUCUGCAUAUUUUAUGUUUUUAGUUGCCAAAUUAAAAACACUUUUGUAAUAUCUCUCGUUGAAACCGUUUUACUACAGGGUAAUACUACAAUAAUUAAGAAUGUAUUUGCAAACUGUACAAUCCAAAAAUGCCCUUGUAAUUCUUGUAAAAUAUGUUUAUAAUUAUUUGUUGUACAUUUUAAUGUAUUUUAUAUUAUACUCGAAUGUAUUCAGUGUGGAUUAAUUGUAUCUUGUAACAUUUUAUGUUUUCCGGUUACUAUUAAUUUUGUUUAAAAUGUUGAUGCCCAUUAACUCGUUAAAAAAAAUUGAUAUUUAAUGUUGAAAUCGAAAAAUAGGACAAAACAUGGGUAUUAAUUAGUUUUGACGUAAAUUAUAUAAUGUUUUUUAUUGUUGAACUGGGACCAUGCCAGUCAGAAACAUUAAUUUUUUAUUCCGUCCGUUCUCCAUUUUUAUUUAUCCGUUAACAAUAUAAAAUCUUGAAAAUAGUUAAACAAAUGAUAAUUAUAAAUUCUAGCCGGACGCCUCAGACAAAUUUAAGAAUGGAAGGAAUUUGUUAAUUUGGUUUUAAUUCAAAAGUCUAAUUUUUGAUUUUACUGCAUGUUGCAAAUUAAUGGAAUCAAAUCAUUAUUUUAUAAAAUGGUAGUUUAUGAGAAAAUUUCUGAAACCGUGAGUUACUGUUUUUACAUGUUGAACAUAUCUUACUGUGUCAAAUAUGUAUCAUAUUAUGUCACCUCCUUUGCGAAUUCUUUUUAUUAUCUAAGGAUGGGCGAUUUGAUUUAGAGAUUCGUGGAAGGACCAAUGUGAAAAUUAUUAGUUUUUCGCUGCUUUGUGGAACUGAAGAAAAUUGUUAAAUUGAAAAAGACUGCAAAUAAUAAUAAUUAUAAAAUUGUCAUUGUUAAAUUUUUAGAUAACCAUUUACAAACACGGUAAUCUUCAGUCUAUAAACUAAGAAAAAACUAAUUAAACAGUUUAUAUUUGGUAGAUAAUUGAAAUAUUUUUCAACAGAGGCAGAUUUUGUUAUACAUUUGAAAGAUAUUUAAAUAAUAGAUUAAGUAUUUCAGAAUUUUUCUCAAAAAUAAAAAUAAUGACUUUUCCAUUAUUAUACACAUAUUAUACGUACUGUAUGUAAUAUUUUGUAGAUAAUAAGUGUAAGAACGGGAAAUUUUUACUUUAAAAAAAUGUAGAUUUAUUUAUCAAUUAUGUUCAUGGAGUGUAAUAAAAACGUAAUUCUCACAAAAUAAAAGUAAUAAAAUUAGAUAAGCGAAUCUAUAAAAGAAUGUAUAUUAUGUUUGUUAAGUGCCCUCACGUUAUAAUGCCAAAAUACAAAAACUUUGUAUUACAUGUACAAAACUUUAAACAUUAAAUUGCUACAAAAAUUCGAAAACUAAGCGUGACGCGAAUAGCAGUAGAAAUAGUUUUUCUCUGAUACUGUUACUUUUGAGACUUUAAAAUAAUAUUUCGUAUUUUUGGAGCUUUAUCUUGAUACUUAAAGAUGUACCGCUUCUAUGUAUCUUCAUGUAAAAACGUUCACUUUGUACUACCAUUGAUUUGACUUGUGUAGAGAUUAUAAAAUAAUCUUGUUUUCUUACGAGAUUGUGUAAGGACUUAAUGUAUUUUGUUCAUUUCACACGUAUGCACAAUCUCAAUAGCUCAUUAAAUUUUUUAGUGUAGUUAGCAAUUUAUAGUGAACAAAAUAUUAGAGUGAGUGAUUUUAAACAAAUAAUAUGGACUUGGACAAUUUUCAAUUAGAAGUUUUUAAUUUAUUGGUGAACAUGAUUUUUUAUACAGAACUUAAAUCCUGGAAGUGUUAGAUUUAUUGAUUAAAUACUAGACGGUAUUAUUUCUUUUAAAACUGCAAUUUUAUUUAGGAAUACUAAAUUAUUUCUUUUAUUAUAAUUAAAAUAUUGAGUAAAAGUAAUUUAAAU